AAUUUUUUCCAAGUGCUUCUGAAAAAAAAGAACCAAAAAAACCCAAACAAACAAAAAAAAAAACACACUCCAGAGAAGCCACAACAUGGAUUAUUUAUGAUGAAGAAGCCCAAGCAGAGGUUGACUUGAGCUUCAGGUCGGGAUACAAACAAAAUCUAUCUAGAAAUUGUAUCUGAUUUUUUUUGUUUUUUUGUUGCGCAACUUUUGCACAGCACAGUGGGCGGGGCAAGGAUCAAACAUACACACACAAUUGGAUUAGUGUUUUGUUUAUUCGGGAACCCUUUGAAGACCACCUCCCACUCUCCCCCACUUGCGCGUCUCGUCGCGUGUCGCGUCUCGCGUACCGCGUCACGCGUUCCGUUGCGUCGCCGUGUUAAUCGUUCGUUUAUCGUUCGCCGAUCGUUAAUCGUGUAUCGUUAAUCGCCAGCAACCAUGCCGAAGAUCUUCCUGAUCAAGAACCGCCUGCAUCAGCAGCAACAGCGCCUGCUCGAAUCACAGAACCUGCUCCAGCACAAGAGCCAGGACGAUGAACGAUGCCUGGUGCCACCGCUCAGUCCCCACGGCUCCGGCUCUGGCACACCGCACUCGCCCUCGCCAUCGCCGUCGCCCGCCCAUCCGCAUCCUGAGCCGCAGGGUCAGGGUCAAACGUCAUCGCCAUUCCAGCAGCAGGAUGACCAACAGCCGCUGAGUCUCACGCGAAAACGCUUCCACCAUCGCCGUCACUACUUCGGACAGUCGCGUCACAGUCUCCUCGCAGACCAUGGACUCAAUCAGAAUCAAAAUCAAAUUCAGAAUCAGAAUCAAAAUCAAAAUCAAAACUCUACGGAAUUGGAUGUCGAUCACAACACAGCAGCAAGUGAAGUUCAAAAUGACAAAUUUGGUUGCCUGAGGCCGGCAGAAUUGUUGCAGCGCCUUAGCUGCACCACCACCAACCACACCACCACCAGCAGUAGCAUAGCCACAACCACAACCACAACCACAAACACACCCUCACCUACGCCCACACCAACACCCACGCCCCCCGCAUUACCCACAAAAGACUGCGUCGAGAAUUCUCCAAUAAAAACCGCGAUAACAACAACAACAACAGCAAGCAGCAGCAUACCAAAGCAGCCGACGCCGCAGUCGACAGCGGCAGAGAGGAUUAGCAGCAGUAGCAGCAGCGAAGUAGAUGUAGAAGAUCCCGAUAGGAAAGCGCAAAAAGAAAAUGAGCAAAAUGCGCGCGCAUCCUUAGCGGCGGAAGAAGUAGAAGAAGAAGAGGAAGAAGACGGCGACGUUGACGUUGACGUUGGAAUUGAGGUACCCCGCCCGCGCUUUUACAAUACGGGCAUCGUCCUUACCCAGGCCCAGCGGAAGGAGUACCCCAAGGAGCACCAGCAGCAGCCGAACCUCGUCAGAACCACAAAAGAAAAGGAACCCCACUCGGAUGUGGACUCCGACACAGACUCCGAUGACGGCUGCAAGUUGAUUGUGGACGAGAAGCCCGUGUUGCCCGUGGACAAGCCGUUGUCUCUGCGUAUGCGCAGCACCCCGCCCCCGGCAGAGGAGCGUCCCAGUCCACCACCCCCAAGGGAACCGACGCCCGCUGUCCGCUGCAGCGUGAUCCAGCGCGCACCACAGACCACGUCAGCAGCAGUAGCAACAGCAGGACACGCUGUAUCCCCGCAUCACCAUCAUUAUCAGAAUCAGCAUCCGGACCAUCAGACACCCCAGAGGAGCGUUCUAUUGCCCCUAAGUGCCCUCGAUCUCGAUCAGCUGGGACCGGAGCAGCAGGAGCCCAUUGACUAUCACGUGCCGAAGCGGCGCAGCCCCAGCUACGACAGCGACGAAGAGUUGAACGCCCGUCGGCUGGAGAGAGCGCGCCAGGUGCGCGAGGCCCGCAGGCGGAACACGAUCUUGGCAGCCCGCGUACUGCUGGCCCAGUCGCAGCGCCUGAAUCCGCGCCUGGUGCGCAGCCUUCCCGGGAUUUUGGCCGCAGCCGCCGGCCACGGACGCAGUAGCAGCAGUUCCGGUGCAGCCGGACAGGGCUUUCAGUCGUCUGGCUUUGGCAGCGGCAGCAGCUCGACCGGCUCGGGCAGCGGACAGAACGCCAGCGGUGGUGCUGGUUCGCCGGGAGGCGGCUUUGGGGGUGCUCUAGGCGGCAGCGGAGCCGGAGGCGGUGGCAUGGGCGGUGGCCGUGACGGACGAGGCAACUACGGUCCCAACUCUCCCCCCACCGGGGCCCUGCCCCCAUUCUACGAGAGCCUGAAGAGUGGCCAACAGAGCACGGCCAGCAAUAAUACGGGCGCCAGUCAAACAUCCGCAGGAAACGGAGCAGGCUCCCACGCAGCCUUCAACGGGAAUCCCAACUUUCUUUCCAUUCAAAACGCUGCUGCAGCGGCGUACAUCAUGUCAGCGGGAGCAGGAGUCGGUGGAGGUGGAGGAGGAGUAGGCGGAGGUGGCGGCUACAUCAAUUGCGGAUCCAACGGAGGAGGAGGAGGAGGUGGCAAUGGCAAUGCCAAUGGAAAUGGAGGUGGAGGUACGGUUGGAGGUGGUGGAGCUGCAUCAUCGGGUGGUAUCGAUGGUAAUAAUCUUUUGAACUUCGCCAGUGGCUUGGCCAGUAAUCCUAACUAUAACGAAUCCAAUUCCAAAUUCCAUAAUCCAAACUCAACGAUGGGUCAUCCCUUUUACGGUGGCAAUCCUUCAGCGUACGGCAUCAUACUGAAGGACGAGCCGGACAUCGAGUACGACGAGGCAAAGAUCGAUAUCGGCACCUUUGCGCAGAACAUCAUCCAGGCGACGAUGGGCAGUUCCGGGCAGUUCAAUGCCAGCGCCUACGAGGACGCCAUCAUGUCGGAUCUCGCCAGCUCGCAGUGCCCCAACGGCACUGUGGAUCCACUGCAGUUUACGGCCACGCUGAUGCUCAGCUCACAGACGGACCACCUGCUGGAGCAGCUCUCGGAUGCCGUCGAUCUGAGCUCGUUCCUGCAGCGGAGCUGUGUGGACGACGAGGGCUCCACCAGUCCGCGGCAGGACUUUGAGCUCGGCUCGACGCCCUCCCUGACGCCCGACUCGGUGUCGGUGACGCCCGUGGAGCAUCACCAUCAUCAUCACCAUAGCAGUCACCAGACAGCGAGCACCUCCCAGCUGGAUGCCCUCCACGAGAAUCUGCUGACGCAGUUGACCCACAAUAUAACACGCAAUGGCGUUAACUCCCAGCAGCAGCAACAGCAGCAGCAGCAACAGCACGUGCAACAGCAGCAGCACCUGCAGCAGCAGCAGCAGCAGCAGCAUGUGCAACAGCAGCAUGUCCAGCAGCACGUGCAGCAUGUGCAACAGCCGCCGCCUUCGUACCAGCAUGCCACCAGAGGCCUGCAAAUGAUGCAACAACAACAGCAGCAGUCGCAGCACGGCAGCUACCAGCAGCAGUCGGCGCUGAUGUCACAGCAGCAGCAGCAGCAGCAGCUGCUCAGCCAGCAACAGCAACAGUCGCACCACCAACAGCAGCAGCAACAUGCCGCCGCCUACCAGCAGCACAAUCUGUAUGCUGCCCAACAGCAGCAGCAGCACCACCAGCAGCAACAACAGCAGCAGCAACACCAGCAUCAUUCGCACCACCAAUUCCACCAGCAACAGCAGCAGUCGCACCACUCUCACCAUUCGCACCACCACGACAACAGCAACAUGUCGCUUCCAUCGCCCACGGCAGCGGCUGCUGCUGCCGCCGCGGCCGCCGCUGCUGCUGCUGCAGCAGCCGUUCAUCUAGCGCGUCCCAUGAGCAGCAGCAGCAGCUCCGGUACGAACAGCAGCAGCAGCAACAGCAGCAUGGAUGCUAACGCAGCGGCAGCGGCUGCCGCUGCGCUGCUCGACACAAAGCCACUCAUCCAAAGCUUGGGCCUGCCGCCGGAUCUACAGUUGGAGUUUGUGAAUGGCGGACAUGGCAUCAAGAAUCCACUGGCUGUCGAGAAUGCCCAUGGUGGCCAUCACCGGAUACGCAACAUCGAUUGCAUUGAUGAUCUCAGCAAGCACGGCCACCAUUCCCAGCAGCAACAGCAGCAGCAGCAAUCAUCCCCCCAGCAGCAGCAGACGCUCCAGCAACAGCAGCAGCAGCAGCAGCAAUCCCUCCAGCAGCAACAUCAGCAGCAGCUCCAGCAUCACAGCAGUGCCAGCAGCAAUGCCAGUAGCCACGGCUCCGCGGAUGCCCUCUGUAUGGGGGGAUCUGGAUCGGCCAGCCAGGCCGGUGAUGAUUCUGUAGUCAAUGGAAAGUUCGUUUGCCGUGUGUGCAUGAAAACGUUCUCGCUGCAGAGGCUGCUCAAUCGGCACAUGAAGUGCCACUCGGACAUCAAGCGGUACCUGUGCACGUUCUGUGGCAAGGGAUUCAACGAUACCUUCGAUCUGAAGCGGCACACGCGCACCCACACGGGCGUCCGACCGUACAAGUGCAAUCUGUGCGAGAAGAGCUUCACGCAGCGCUGUUCCCUCGAGUCGCACUGCCAGAAGGUGCACAGUGUCCAGCAUCAGUAUGCUUAUAAAGAGCGUCGCGCCAAGAUGUACGUAUGCGAAGAGUGCGGCCACACGACCUGCGAGCCAGAGGUGCAUUAUCUGCAUCUGAAGGAUCUGCAUCCGUUCUCGCCGGCGCUCCUUAAGUUCUACGAUAAGCGGCACUUCAAGUUCACCAAUUCGCAGUUUGCCAACAAUCUGCUCGGACAGCUGCCAAUGCCUGUCCACAAUUGAAUCGUGGAUCGUCAGUAGUUAGCCCUAAGAUCCCCAACCCCCACCAUGUGACUUUGAAGUUUUCUGAAAACUGCCCCCAUGCCCCACCACAAAAACCACCCCCACACCGCCCUCUGCUGUAGCUAGCGGAGAGGAGAGGAGUAGGGAGGAAGAUCUUUGGAGAUUACAAAUAGCACUACACAAUUUCUGUAUAUUUUUUGCCUAGAUUUAGAUUUAGUCGAUGAUGAUUACAACAACACUUUGCUGUGCAAAAAAUCGCUCUCACUCUCUCAUGCUCUUAAACAUUUGUUUAACAAUUUUCGUAUUUAGUUAAUGAUGGAAUUCCGCCUUUCGUUGUUUUAUAAGUAAACUCAUUUUUUAUUUUUGUUUGUAAUAUUGGAAAACCUUCUCUUAGUCAAAAAACAAAACAGAACAGGAAAAGAAAAGAAAGGAAAUGUUUUGCCCUAAAUAGUUUUCUUAGCUUUAAGAAGAGUUUUUUUUUUUUUUGAUAAAUGCUUUGAGCAGACACCCCACACACAUAAGUAAUACAAAAAUCAUGAAUAUAUCAUAUAUAUAUAUAUAUAGAUAUAGCUAGGAUAUAGCUUAUUUGUAAGAUGUUUAGAGCUAGAAACCGAACAACAAACAAAAGCUGCAAACGUUGGCAUUUAUUUUGUCACCGCAAAAGAGAACAAACAAGAAGUAAAAGGAGGAAAAAGGAUAUACAAGCAACACAUACACAUACACAUCAACAUACACAUGUAAUUUAUUAUUUAAUCACACCAUUAAUCCAUUGUAAAGAGGCAAAAAGCGGAUAACAAUCAAACUAAAACCCAAACUAUAGAAGUAAGAAGCAAUGCGCGAAGAAGAUAGAAGUUAGAGAGAGAGAUGCGUGUAAACUAAAGCUGUUUAUAAAUGAAGUCAAAGCCCAACAACAAAAUAAUCGAAACAUAUUGUAUCUUAUAACCAAUCCAUGCACUAUAUACCAUACAUAUAUACACACCAUAAACCAUUAAAAAGUGAAUGGUUUCCUUUGAUUUAAAUAAUUACUCUUGCAUUAAUAGUAGCUUGUAGGAAAGACCACCAAUCGUACUGAUACACUGAACAAACAACAAAAAACACCACAAAAAUGGCGAUUUACGAAUACAAAUCGUAGGAAAUCGCUUAGAGUUAACACAUAAUUGUAGUCUCUAUCGCUAGUUCUAAGUCUAAAGCCUAAGCAUUUCUUCAGAAUUUGAUUUUGAUUUGAAUUUGAAUUACAAACAACAAACUAACUUUACUUUUUGAUUUAAAUGAAAUUGAAAUUCUAA